UAUAAUAAAUUUAAUAAAACAACCGUCACCAAGAAAGAAGUCACUUGUGAAGUUGUGCGAGUCUACCACUACUACCAGUCAACUACUAAAAAUUUAGUUAGGUGUGAUGGAUCUUAUGGUAUAAGUAACAAAAAACAAGCACAUAGAAAAACCCUGUCGGUUUAGCAGCUAUGAAAAUGAAAAUUUACUUGCAAGGUUGUCAAACCAAUGAUGGAACCAGUUUCACAUGCCCUCUGUCAUCAAGUGUUAUAAUCUUUAUCCUUCGGUACUGUCAAACAAACAAAUAUGAGUUAAUGUUUGUUUCACACAGCCAAGAGGAAAGCUGCUGUUCAUAUAGUGUUGAAAUACUUUCAGGACUAAGCUGGUCGUUUACAACUUUGCCUGAUGUACCUAAACCAGUGCAAAAUGUUUUGCUGCCCUCUGUCUACCAACCAGAAACAGCUCUUGUUCGCUCUGGACUUUGUGUUCUAUUACGAAGUAUUAUCAAAGAAACUCACAAAACUUCUCAACAUUUGCAUUUAAUAGAUUUGUUGGGGUUUCGAGAAGGCAGUAUGAAAAUGUGUGCUGAAGUUUCGGGGUGGACAAAGCUUUGCGAAGUUGAUCUUUCACAUUCCAUUUCACAGCUGAUUUUAAAAUUAAAAGCCAAUAAACUGGGGAAACCAGCAUCAGCUAAACAGUUAACACUACCCUGUGACCUGAUGAAGUUGGAAGGGCAUUUUCUCAAGAAGUGCAGAGUCCAUAAUGAUGACAAAGCUCGUAGAGUUGAAAUGAUAAGAUUAAAAGACAAUGUCUUGAAAUUUGCGCAGGGUGGGAAUGUUGACUCCUCUACACAUGUUGAUGUCAGAUAUUUUAAUGAACUAGGGCAACAGACAAAAUUAACUAUCCCUAGGGCGAAAGUUAUUGAUGGUGAUGUGGGACAUUUUAAAAGUUUUGCUUCUUAUAACAAUUCUUGCCUUCAAAUUGAGCAAGCAUUAUACUUACAUCACGGUGUUAGAAAAAUAAAAGUAGAAAAAUUACUGGACAACACAGCUACUGCCCUCUCCACAAAUGGAAACAUCAAUACUGAUGCAAGUACUGAUAAAACUUCUACAACAACAGAGGAGCGAGGUUUGAAAUGUUUGAAUAGCUUGGUGAAGGGACCCUCUGAUCUGGCAGAUUUGGUGCAGCAGCUGACCCUCUCUGAUAUACAGUAUGUCCACACCUACUCAGAGGGUAUUGAGAUGACCCUUGCAGAUCUUAUUCUUUUUGUUUAUAUUUGUUCUCUCCUGGAGAUGCUCAACUUCAACUACUGUUGCCUGUUUGCUCAUGUGCCAAGUAUUCUCAAGUGGGCUCAUCAUAUGGCAUCUCUGUCAACUGUUGCAUCAGCUGGUGAACAAAUGGGGUGGAGUGUCAAAGGCAUGAGAGAUGCUCUGGACAAAAUCUUUGAGUCUAAAAAUAUUAUUAAUGGUGUUGAAGCAGAGCUUUCAUUUAUACAAGAAACAGAGGUUAAUUUGGACGAUGAUGAAAUGGAGCUCACGAGAUGUGCAAAAAUGAAGCACAAAGCUUUAAAACCUGAGGUUAUACAAGCGCUAAAAAAACUAGAGACAGCUAAUAUUCAGCCAAUUAUAGGAAAUCAUCCCUAUGGUGAUCAAGUUCAUAUUGACUGGUCAACCCUGCCACCAGAUGUUCACCCCAAAGAAGGUGAUGUUCCAGAAAGUAGAAACCAGCGCAAGUGUCAACAGUUGGAGAACUUAGUUACUGCAGUGCAAAGUAUAGCUAAACCAGGAGAUGUUCUGGUUGAUUUUUGCAGUGGUGGAGGUCAUCUGGGUAUUGUUAUGGCAUAUCUGCUGCCAGAGUGUCAAGUCUAUUUAGUUGAGAAUAAAGAGGAAUCCUUGCUGAAAUCCUGCUCUCGGUUAAAUUCUUUGAAGCUCAAAAAUGUUACAUUAUAUCAGUGUAAUUUGGAUUAUUUUGUGGGGAAGUUUGAUGUGGGAGUCUGCCUUCACGCAUGUGGAUCAGCCACAGAUAUGGUUUUACAACUCUGUCUGAAGUCUCAAGCAUCUUUUGUUAUAUGCCCUUGUUGCUAUGGCAGCAUUCAGAAAACACACUUACUGUCUUAUCCUCGAAGUCAAAAGUUCAUUACUAUAGAUUUAUCAUAUAAAGACUUUUUAACACUGGGUCAUGCAGCAGAUCAAACUGAAUUUAAUAUUGCUUUGGAAGACAGAGGUCGUCUGUGCAUGAGUUUGGUGGACACAGAUAGGGCAGAAUAUGCCAUGGAAAUGGGAUACACCGUCAAUUUAUGCUCACUCAAACCAUUAAGUUGCACUCCAAAAAAUAAUCUCUUAAUUGGUACAACAAAUUUUAGAAAAGCUCACAUAUGCUAGUGAAUUUUUCUGUUCGUUUUGGUAUUGUGAAUUUUUUUUAAAAAGAAUUGAAUCAGUCAUAUUUUUAAAAAGUCAGUAUUAUUUUUUGAGCUUCUCGAUCAUUUAAAUACCCAUUUAAGAAUUAAGCCUUACAUACAUCAUGAUU